GCGAUUUUUUUUGUACAGCAGUUUUCGGAUUGGGAGCCCGUUAUCCUUGUGCAAAACAAUUUAGCAAAUUGGUUCGAGAGAGUUUCAACGGGUUAGAAUCGCAUUUGGGUUGUUUGUCAUUCGUCCAACCAACAUAAAAUGUCAAAGUCUUUGAAGAAGAUCGUGGAGGAGAGUCGGGAGAAGAACUUGCCCGAAGUGGAUAUGUGUGACAGAGGCAUAUCUAACAUGCUAGAUGUUCCUGGGCUUUUCACUCUGUCCAACAUCACCCAGUUAGUCCUGAGCCACAACAAACUAACGACUGUCCCUCCCAACGUCGCCGACAUGAAGAACCUGGAGGUGCUGAACGUCUUCAACAACCAGAUCGAGGAGCUGCCCACCCAGAUCAGCAGCCUGCAGAAACUCAAACACCUGAACCUGGGGAUGAACAGGAUGAGUUCUCUCCCCCGUGGUUUUGGCUCCCUUCCCGCUCUGGAGGUUCUGGACCUGACCUACAACAACCUGAACGAGUCGUCCCUGCCCGGAAACUUCUUCUACCUCACCACUCUGCGCGCACUCUAUCUCAGCGACAACGACUUCGAGGUCCUCCCGCCUGACAUCGGCAAGCUGACCAAGCUGCAGAUAGUGAGUCAUUUAUCUAAAUUCCCGCCUAAAUCAAUCCUCACUUCUGUGUGUUUUUUUUUUUUUUUUUUUGUGUAUCUUAUUGUUUGCCUGCUGUACGGGUCUGGUGGCCCAGAUCUGUUUGAGAAUGGAUUUAAGGUUUUUAGCUUUGCCCAGAUCAGAACUAAGUGUUACACCCCGACCCGCCCCUGCCUCUCUCUCUCCCCCUGUCCCCCUGUCUCUCUCUCCCCGUCUCUCUCUCUCUCUCUCCCUCUCUCCCUCCCUCUCCCCCUGUCCUCAGGUAACCUGGACCUUACGGGGCCCAAGCAGGUCUUCAAAGCGGAGAACAACCCUUGGGUGACCCCGAUAGCGGACCAGUUCCAGCUGGGCGUGUCCCACGUCUUCGAAUACGUCCGCUCCGAGACCUACAAGUAUCUCUAUGGGAGGCACAUGCAGGCCAACCCUGACCCUCCCAAGAAGAGCAACGACAAGUCCAAAAAGAUCAGCCGCAAGCCACUGGCAUCCAAAAACAAGUGAGGAGGAGGAUGAGGAAGAGGAGCACCGCCAUAUCGGGAACCUCGCUGCACGUGCCUUUCCCCACAUUUUUCUAUUUAUUUACUAAGUCUUUUUUUAUUUAAAUAUGCAUUUUAUACUGCAAAAAAGCCACAGUUACGCUGUGCUGGCGUUGUCAGAGCGGAGUUGGGCGGUGGGGAGGGGUGACACAGAGCACGCCUUUACUGCUACUAUUAAAAAAAUGUUUAUUGCUGAGGUGGGCAACCAGGGCCAUGCCUGUUACUGGUUUCCAUGCCAACUCCUGGCCUUCGUUAUUUAAUUAGCCCUACCAUUCGACGUUUCAGCUACGUUUCUUUUGUAAGUGCACGAAAGACAGCUGAAGACUGUUCUUAUGUCCCCGUGUGAAACGUUUUACUGCGAUAUACUCCACCAGUGAAACAGUGUUAGUGUCUACGGCCAGUUAGCGCUCUUAGCCACGGUGACUGGUGGAAACGAAAGCCCGCUCACACACACCGGUCCUCCAGGACCGGAAAUUGCCCCCCCCCCCCCCCCCGGUUUAUUAUAUCAGGUGGUCCGGUUUCUGAGUCAGCAAUGCAGGGGUUGAGAAGGGGAGGUGUUCAGCGUCUGGAGGAGUUUAGUGACAGACUCCUGCUCCAUUAUCUAUUCAGUGCAAGAAUUUUAUUAUUUUUUUGAUCAGAUGUGCUGGAAGUUCUACAGUUGCUCACCGCGCAGUGCGCCGUUGGUGUCCAGCGUAAGAGUAAAUGGUAAAUGGACUGCAUUUAUAUAGCGCUUUUAUCCAAAGCGCUUUACAAUUGUAAAGAGUAGAAUUUACAAAUUUAUAGGAGUAAAGCACCGCCGGUCUGUGCAGUUGUUUAGAGUAACUGCAUGGAGUAUAAACCAGGGCACAAGGACCCGGCCGGACUGUGGCUGUACUCCCCUCUGCAUUUCUACAGGAAGCCAAAUGAAAAAUCAUAUUUAAAAUAACCUAACCACAGCAGCGGAGAAUGGCGCACAACCCUAGCCUGUUGCUGUUUCCUGGCUGGCUUCGCGUGGGGUUUUCCACAUGGAUGUAUUUGACCCGAUGGAUGCGUGUUUGGCUGAACAGCUUGCCGUUUAAUGAGCGGUUGGACUGUUCUGCUGUGUUAAUUAAGCAAAGGUCAGUGUGCCAGGUCCGGAACCUUACUGUGUGUUAUGGUGCUACUCGCUGAAGGUGUGCACUCUCCCAUCCCAAACAGUAUUGUCGCCCCCGUGACAGUGCCUGCCCACUGUAGGGAAUGGAGCACAGAGAACGUUCCGGAACCCAGCGGACCCAGUUCUUCCCCAGUUGGUAUCCUGGGACAUUUAAAAAAAAAAAAAAAAAAAAAAAAGACGACACAUUUUGAAAGUCAUCUUCUCCUGCUGUGGUUGCUGGAGGCUGUGCCCCCGCCCCCUCCCCCAGCCGGUCUCUGAGCCAAUCAAAAGGCUUUGUCCAGUUGUGCUGAAGCACCGUGAUUGGUGGAAGUUUGUCCAAUCAGUCCCCGAAUGAUUUUGGACUCCAUUUUGGCUCUACCUACUGUGGGUCCCUUGCCUUUCAAUAAAGUCAAAACCCCAGAAAACAGGUCACCAGUUACAGUUAGCAAAGGCCUUUUAAAAACUCGUAAAAACAGUUACCUCGGUACCUACAAAACGGGAGCGUGGCCUUAAAUGUCUGAACAAACCUUCCGCACAUUUAAUUUCCAUCAGCGUCGUGCCAACAGUCCAAAACAUUUCAUCGAGAUGAAUGAGUGAAUGUCGACUUCAUUCAGCCGGUAGCUUUUAUAACUAUUUUAUAUCACUGCAUUAUAGCCGAAUGUGUACUGCCUAUAUUUUAAAUAAAGUUAUCUCUUUGUUUGAACCA